AUGGACGGCCAGUUCGUAGGGGCCACGGAACCCCAGCCGGACGUCGGGGACAUGAACAAACCCAAAGCUACGUUGCUGGCAGAGGGGUACUCCGAGGCGCAGAUCCACCGCAGCCUCCAAGNUGCGGGAGGGCCACAACCAAAAAACACGGCGGGAGGGCCGUGCGCUCGCAGCUGCGACGGGAGGGGCGCGGGAGGGCGACAAUCAAUGCAGCCCCACAGCGCGUCGGGAGGGCGUGGGGGGGAGGCAAACAUUAGCCCCAUGGCGCGUCGGACGGAGCGUGAGGGGGAGAAAAAAAAUCGAAGCAGCCCCGUGGCGCAUCGGGAGGGGCGAGAACUCCUUUUGUGGCGAGGCUACAGGCCGGGACGAGCGCUGGGAGGGGAGGAACACGCAUCGCAGCGCUGGAUUAACUCCUUUUGUGGCGAGGCUACAGGCCGGGACGAGCGCUGGGAGGGGAGGAACACGCAUCGCAGCGCUGGAUUGUGGCACUUCUUUCUUGACGGUUUUUGGUGUUUGAUGAUAUUCGUAGCGAAGUUGGUAAAUCCUCGGGUAUUGUCAUGACUGUACUUUUGGUUGAAGAGCCAGGGAGGGUGUUCCGUGUUUCUCGUAGGCGUUCGCGCCCACAUGUUCAGUAUUUCCUGCUAGUCAUUCGGUUGAGACCCCCAUUGAUUGCGGCUACGUGGUGCCGUUCUCUAGGUUGCGCAAUGUGCAGGAAGAUGGGAUACUGUUGGAACCGCUGAAGGAACGUAGGAGGAAAAAUUGGGACACCAGUGUUGUACUCCACGAGAAUAGAGGAUUGCCGAAAAAAUGCAUGCCGGUUAGGUGUCGCUCAGAAGAUGUUGGAUGAUUGCCUUCCGCCCUGGUGCGCUGUAUUUCAUCAGCGAGGGGGGGCGAUUUCGAUGUUUGUCUGAUGUUUGUUUGAAGAACAAACAGUAGUGCAGCCGCAUUGUAGUUGUUUGAACCAACUCCUCAGGAUAGUCUUGCACUUUUACUGCUUGCCAAGCGUUGGGAUAGGGUGUUUGAUGGAACGGUGAACAUUGGUGGGGGUUUUGACCCGGAGGCCGGGUUUCCCCCUGUUGUUUUUUUUCGUUGGUCUUUUGUCCGUUUGGUUUGUUUGGUCACAUCCGGCGUGUGAAUGCCCACUCAGUGGUUA